AUGAAAACAGCUGCUCUCGUACUAGCAGUCAUGGCCUUGGCCAGCGCAUCGGUUAUCGAAUUCUCGCACGUGAAACGCGUAGAAGAUCUGGACAUUUUCUGGGAACAGCUGGAUCCUCAGCUGCAAGCGUUGCGACCAACUCCCAAUCAGCGUUUCGUUAACGACCAUGAAGCUCAGCCCAACCAGUUCCCAUAUCAGGCGUUGGUGCUAAGCUUUUUCGUUGAUGACAACUCCGGGCUAUGCGGCGGUACCGUGCUGACGCCAAACUUUGUGCUGACUGCAGCCCAUUGUGUACAGAUAGGAACCGUAGCUACACACGGUACAGUGGUUUUGGGAGCUCACAACCGUCAGGUCGUUGAAGCAACUCAGCAGCGAUACAGCUUCGACCAAAUCAACGUUCAUCCAAGCUACAUUGCAUCACUGCUGCGUAACGACAUUGCCACGGUACGACUAUCUGCGCCAGCCGUGUUCAACGCAUUCGUUCAACCAAUUGACAUCCCGGCCGUAUCGGACACAAGAACGUUUGCUGGAUUGACUGACAUCAUUUCCGGUUUCGGUUGUACCUCCGACGAAGAUGGAUCCCCUGCCAGCGAUGUGGUGAUGUUUUCAAGCAAUCCAAUAUUAACUAAUGCCGAUUGUGUAGUUUCGUGGAAUUCCAUAAUGGUUGGAGAACCGAACAUCUGCCUGUCUGGAGCUGGUGGUCCGCUGGCCGUGCAGGAUAAUGGCCGCAGUUUGCAGGUUGGUAUUGCUUCGUUUGUUCACGCGACCGGAUGUGCCUCGGGUAUGCCUUCUGGAUUCGUUCGGGUGUCCCACUAUCUGCAAUGGAUCGCUGAGAACAGUGAUGUUGUGCUCGGAAAUUAG